UUGGAAGUGAGAGGGUGGGGGUGGGGACGGAGAUGGACGCAGUGAGCCCCCUGGCUAUGGCGCUCCUUCAACCCCCAUUGCUGCUCACUCGCGGCACUUCUCGUGCUCCCACGGCACUCCAUUCUCAACCCCCGCAUCGCUUCCUGACCCGGAGCUUCCACCACCCAGCAACUCUAACCAAUUGUAAUUUCGAUGCGCGAAGAAUUUGUAGCCUCUCGCCGAAGCCGCCCAUCGUAGCUGAGCGAUCUGCGUUUUCGGAAUCCCGAAUCUCGCCAGCUUCUGGUAUCACUGCGCAUGCAGGUUUGAGCCUUCGUGGUCGGGAUUUGCACGUUGCUGCGCGCGCUUCGAAGUCGGAUUACACCACUCGGCGGGUGCUCCCCUUUCGAGCCCUGCUAGCAAUUUCCGCGGGUGCUGCGAUUGCUUUCUUGAGAAGGAGGCGGAAAUUGCAACCAUUGAAAGUGCGUGGGUCAGUUGCAUACACUCAAGGAGAGGAAAAGACUGAAAAAAUGACGAAGAUUGAUUCGCACCUUCAUGUGUGGGCCUCACCUGAUGAGGCAAAGAAGUUUCCAUAUUUUCCUGGGCAAGAACCAACUCUUCCUGGGAGUGCAGAUUUUUUGCUGAAAAACAUGGCAGAGGCAGGAGUGGAUGGUGCUGUUAUUAUUCAGCCCAUCAACCACAAGUUCGAUCAUUCGUAUGUCUCCAGUGUGUUACAAAAGUACCCAGAUAAGUUCGUGGGGAUGUGCCUGGCGGAUCCAACCGAAGGAGGAGGCGGCGCUAAGGAGAUUGAACGCCUCAUAAAAGAGGAAAAUUUCAAAGGGGUGCGGUUUAACCCUUACCUUUGGCCCUCUGGAGAAAAGAUGACGAAUGAAUUGGGCAAGGCUAUGUUCGCCAAAGCUGGAGAGCUUGGUGUUCCAGUUGGUUUCAUGUGCUUCAAGGGCCUGAUGUUGCACAUUGAUGAGAUUGAAGAGCUUUGUAGAGAAUUCCCAACAACAACAGUUCUGAUGGACCACCUUGGAUUUUGCAAACCUCCACUUACUGAAGAAGAGGCCGACGUUUGGAACCGUCUACUAAAUUUGUCGAAAUAUCCACAGGUGUAUGUGAAGCUGAGUGCAUUUUUUCGAGUAUCACGAGAACCAUUCCCAUACAAAGAUACGUGGCCGUUUCUUAAACAAUUACUGGAAUCAUAUGGCGCCAACCGACUCAUGUGGGGCAGUGAUUUCCCCUUUGUAGCAGCUGAAUGCGGAUACACAAAUUCUUGGCAAGUGUUACCCUCACGAAACUCAGCAGAAGCAUUUUGCUCAGAAGAAGAGCUUGAAGCUAUUAUGGGCGGUACUGCACUUUCCGUCUUCAAGGGCAGCUGGAGGAGCUCUCUCUUCGACGGAUGAUUCAGAAUUGAAUGAUGAUAUUUUAACGUAAACUACAGCUCCUCCGAAUAGUUACAACUAGAAGUUAAGCAAGAUAAUUCUUAUCAGAGCAAUUUCGUUUGACAAGGACAUCUGAAGUAAAUUUGAGACUGGCUUUUUUCAGCCUUACGAGCACAUAACGCUUGUGUUUUUUAUUUUUUUAUUUUUAAAGUGGCAUCCUGUUCUCAGAC